AUGCCAACAGCGACAUUUAGCACAGUAGCCGAUCGUGAAAAAUUGUAUCGCAAUUGUGUACCACAAGAGAAGCCAGCAUCAUAUCCUCUCGAUCCAAAUCAUACUCACUUUAUUCUACUUGAUGAUAAAUGUGGUCCGAAUGAUGAAACCUGGAGACGAUAUGGAUAUCCAGUUCGAGCCGACCUCACUAUUCAGUUGCGUGCUGAAAUUGAACAGGAAGCUCGUUGUAGCUCUCAUUAUACACACAAUUAUAAGAUUCCCAUUAUUCAAAUAUUAAUCGAAGGUGGUCCUUCAUCUCUUCUAACAGUGGUUGAAGCAGUAAUGCACGAAACACCCGUCGUUGUCAUUGACGGUACUGGCAGAGCGGCUAAUUUUAUUGCAAAAGCAUACAAAGCAUUAUAUGACAAUCAAACAACAUAUUUUCCACCAGCGAACAAUAAUGCUAAUUUAGAACGAGUAAUAAAAGAAGAUGGUAAGGACAUCAUCACUGGAAGUAAUGAAAAGCGUUUUCGUGACAUGAUAAGAUCAGACAAAGGCUUCUUCUUAAUCAAUACUUUUUUUACUAUGUCCUGACGAUCCCGAAUUUAAAUUGAGUGAUGCCAUACUUCAAGCAUUAUUUCGAGGUAUUUACAUAAUUCCUAUCGAUUUUUGAAUGAUUUUUCUACUUAGCGGCAAGUAUGCCCAAGCAUGAAAUAUCUGAUGCUCAUGUACAAAAGCUCAAAUUAGCCAUGGCGUGGAAUAAGUUUGAUCUGGCCGUUUCAGACAUGCUCAUCGACGAAAACGUUAAAACUCAGUGGACAGUAAGUAUUAUAAACGAAGAGAAUCUUAGUUUCUGAUUUUCACUACUUUUGAAAGGAUGUUCAAUUAGACAGUGCUUUAACUGAUGCAAUACAGCAUGGUUCUGUACAGUUUGUUGAACUUCUUAUUGAA